GGCCGCCACGGUAGUCGGGGACGUCGGACCACCGAGCAGCUGUCGCGAUGGAGCAGCUAUCAGAUGAAGAAAUCGACCAUGGUGCUGAAGAAGACAGUGACAAAGAAGAUCAAGAUCUGGACAAAAUGUUUGGUGCCUGGCUCGGGGAGUUAGACAAACUUACUCAGAGUUUGGAUUCUGACAAGCCCAUGGAACCAGUAAAAAGAUCCCCUCUUCGCCAGGAAACAAACAUGGCCAAUUUUUCUUAUCGCUUCUCCAUAUACAACUUGAAUGAAGCUCUGAAUCAGGGAGAAACUGUGGAUCUGGAUGCCCUGAUGGCCGAUCUUUGCUCGAUAGAGCGGGAGCUCAGCAGUAUCGGUGCUGGAAAUAGUAAGCGUCAAAUCACAGAACCAAAAGCCACUCAGAAAUUACCUCCUAGCCGACAUACAUCAAAACAUGGCACCUUGAAAGGAUUGUCUUCUUCAUCUAAUAGGAUAACUAAACCAUCAAAUGCCAACUACUCCCUGGACGAUAUUACUGCACAGUUAGAACAGGCCUCCUUGAGCAUGGAUGAGGCUGCUCAGCAAUCUGUACUAGAAGAUACGAAGCCGUUAGUAACUAAUCAGCACAGAAGAACAGCGUCAGCAGGCACAGUGAGUGAUGCUGAGGUACGCUCUAUUAGUAAUUCCUCUCGCUCCAGCAUCACUUCUGCAGCUUCCAGCAUGGACUCUUUGGAUAUUGAUAAAGUAACACGCCCUCAAGAACUGGAUUUGACACAUCAGGGACAACCAGUUACUGAGGAAGAACAAGCAGCAAAAUUGAAAGCUGAGAAGAUCAGAGUUGCCCUAGAGAAAAUUAAAGAGGCACAAGUGAAAAAGCUGGUUAUUAGAGUCCACAUGUCUGAUGAUAGUUCUAAAACAAUGAUGGUGGAUGAGAGACAGACAGUGAGACAAGUGCUGGAUAACCUGAUGGACAAAUCCCACUGCGGUUACAGUUUAGACUGGUCCCUGGUGGAAACCAUCUCUGAGUUGCAAAUGGAGAGAAUUUUUGAAGACCAUGAAAACUUGGUUGAAAAUCUUCUUAAUUGGACAAGAGAUAGUCAAAACAAGCUUCUGUUUAUGGAGCGUAUAGAAAAAUAUGCACUUUUCAAAAACCCACAGAACUAUCUUCUGGGGAAGAAAGAAACAGCUGAGAUGGCAGAUAGAAACAAAGAAGUGCUGUUGGAGGAAUGUUUUUGUGGAAGUUCUGUAACUAUACCAGAAAUUGAAGGAGUCCUUUGGUUGAAAGAAGAUGGCAAGAAGUCCUGGAAAAAGCGUUAUUUUCUCUUGCGAGCAUCUGGUAUUUACUAUGUCCCUAAAGGAAAAGCAAAGGUCUCUCGGGAUUUGGUAUGCUUUCUCCAGCUAGAUCAUGUAAAUGUUUAUUAUGGCCAGGACUAUCGGAACAAGUACAAAGCCCCUACAGAUUAUUGUCUGGUGCUAAAGCAUCCACAGAUCCAGAAGAAAUCUCAGUACAUCAAAUACCUUUGUUGUGAUGAUGUGAGGACCCUGCACCAGUGGGUCAAUGGUAUUCGCAUUGCAAAGUAUGGGAAGCAGCUAUACAUGAACUAUCAAGAAGCCUUGAAGAGGACAGAGUCUGCCUGUGAUUGGACUUCCUUAUCCAGCUCCAGCAUUAAAUCAGGAUCCAGUUCUUCCAGCAUCCCAGAGUCUCAGUCAAAUCACUCUACUCAGUCUGAUAGCGGAGUAUCUGACACCCAGCCAGCAGGACAUGUCCGUUCCCAGAGCAUUGUGAGCUCCAUCUUCUCUGAAGCCUGGAAACGAGGCACUCAGUUGGAAGAGUCCAGCAAGGCCAGAAUGGAGUCUGUGAAUCGAUCCUACACUUCACUCAUGCCCCCUUUAUCCCCACAACCUAAACUAGUCAACCCAUACACCGCCUCCCAGCCGUCGCCUCCUCUACCGCCCCCGCCCCCGCCCCCGCCCCCUCCGCCUCCCCCUCCACCCCCACCUCCCCCUCCUCUGCCCAGCCAGUCUACACCUUCUGGGGGCUCGGCAGCCACAAUGUUUGUCAAGUACAGCACGAUAACCAGGCUGCAGAACGCCUCUCAGCAUUCAGGAACUCUGUUUAAGCCUCCACCACCCUCAGUGAUGCAGCCUCUGUCCUCGACCUCACAGCCAGCGAAGCCUCAGAUCCCGGUGCCCCCCAACGGAGUUGUACCCCCACCCCCACCCCCUCCCCCACCCCCUACCCCUGGCUCUGCUAUGGCCCAGCUAAAACCCACACCUUGCGCCCAGUCCCUUCCACAGUUCAGCCCCCCACCUCCUCCUUUGAAGAUUCAUCAUGUUCAGCAUGUUAUUCAAGCAGCUCCUCCAACACCCCCACCCCCCCCUCCUCCUGUCCCUCCCCAAGCCCCUCCUAAACCUCUUGUGACCCUGCCAUCAACCAGCACCAAGACUGUACCCCCUGUUGCCACACAGGCUGUUCCACCUACACCUACUCCUCCAGUCCCCCCAACGAAGAAGCAGCCGGCUUUCCCUCACAUUCCACCCUCUCCAGCUGCUCCUGGUCCAGUCCCCCCACCCACAUUACCCAAGCAUCAGGGCUUCAGUGUAAAACCACCUCCCUCUCCACUGUCUCCAGUGCCCUCUAUAGUGAAGCAGAUAGCCAGCCAGUUCCCCCCACCUCCAACUCCUCCCCCCAUGGAGUCACAGCCCUUAAAGCCCCUCACAGCACAUAUAGCCCCACAGUCCCCUCCUGCUGUUAAAGCAAAACCCAAGUGGCAGCCCAGUUCGGUCCCUGUCCCUUCUCCAGAUUUCCCUCCUCCUCCUCCUGAAAGCAGCCUGGUGUUUCCUCCUCCACCACCACCACCCCCACCCCCACCCCCAGCCCCACUGCCACCACCAUCCACACCUACAUUUUCUCCUGCCUCUGACAAAAGUGGAUCUCCAGGCAAAAAGACCAGUAAAACAUCCAGCCCUGGGGGAAAGAAACCUCCCCCAACCCCACAGCGAAACUCCAGCAUCAAGUCCAGCAGUUGUGCAGAGCAUCCUGAGCCUAAGAGACCCUCAGUGGACAGUCUAGUCAGCAAGUUUGCAUCACCAGAACCCUCUGGGUCUCCCAACAAGGAGGCCCCACCACCUCCUGCAACGCCCCCCAAACCUGGAAAACUAAAUCUUUCUGGAGUUCACCUUCCUGGAGUUCUCCAACAGGGGUGUGUGGCAGCAAAAGCAUCUGUCCUGAGUGGGCGUGGCAAGGAGUCCAUAGUAGAAUUUCCUUCUCCUCCAUCAGACUCUGACUUUCCACCCCCUCCACCUGAAAUAGAGCUUCCUCUGCCCCCCAUAGAUAUCCCUGCAGCAUUCUUGGGAAACAUUUCUCCAAAAGUGGCAGUAGUUAAUCCUCAACCACAGCAGUGGUCCAAAACGUCAGUGAAGAAGGCCCCUCCACCCACGCGACCCAAACGGAAUGAUAGCACCCGCCUCACUCAAGCAGAGGUCUCUGAGCAGCCAGCGCUGACCACAGUUGUGCCACAAGUGCCCACCUCUCCCAAAUCCAGCCUUAGUGUCCAGCCUGGAUUCCUGGCUGACCUCAACAGGACACUGCAACGGAAGUCCAUCACCCGGCACGGCUCGCUCUCCUCCUCCCGCAUGUCCAGAGCAGAACCCACAGCCACCAUGGAUGACAUGGCAUUGCCCCCACCACCCCCUGAACUGCUUUCUGAUCAACAGAAAGCUGGUUAUGGAGGCAGUCAUAUAUCAGGCUAUGCAACCUUGCGGAGAGGACCCCCUCCCGCUCCUCCCAAGAGAGACCAAAACACCAAGCUCUCAAGAGACUGGUAGCUACCAUAGGACUUUAUUUUCAUGGUAUCUGUAAUCUGUUCUACAAUCAGCUCAUCUGAUCUAUGAAUUCAGGUGUUCAGAGCCUUCUGGUAUGUUAUUCAGGUAGUGUCCAGCUGUGUGUGUUUGUGUGUGCACGCACACAUGUACACACAC